GCUUACGCAUUGUUGUGACGCAAGUCUCGCGUGAUGAGAUUUGUGAUGUUGGAAUUGCACGGGAAAGCACUUGCAGUCACUGUAGCAACCAGCUUCCCUUCCGAACUCUGCAGCUCACUGACUGUAGGGGACGCCAUAAUCCAAAUUGGCAACUCCCUGCCCCACUGAGGACCUUUCAAUGGAUGAUGAAUCAGAAGAUGCUUAUGAUCUCUUCAGUGGCUAUGACAGUUACAGAGAAUAUAACAGCAGUGAGCUGAGUGAUGAUAUCAGCUCUGGUAUUGGGGAUUCGAGCUUCGAUGAAGAGGAAAAUGAAGAGUCUUCAUCACUCCAGCAAUCCUCUUCUGUCACUAACAAGGCCAACGAGGAAAAUAGUGCAGAACCAGCUAUUUGUGAGAUGUGUGGCAUUGUAGGCACACGUGGGACCUUCUUCUCCAAAACAAAGCGAUUCUGCAAUGUCUCCUGCUCACGUAGCUAUUCCUCCAACUCCAAGAAAGCCAGUAUUCUGGCCCGGUUGCAGGGCAAGCCACCAACAAAGAAAGCAAAAGUACUUCAUAAAGCAUCGUGGUCAGCCAAAAUUAAAGCUUUCCUGAAUUCUCAGAGCACAGGGCAGACGGCUGAUGGAACACCUGCAGGGCAAGAUGCAUUGACUUUGGGCUUUGAUUGGGGAAAAUACAUCACAGAAGGAAACUUUGAGGCUGCCCCUGUCACUUGCUUUAGACAUGUUCCUCUCUGUAAUCAGUGGGAUGAUGUUGUAGAGGGGAUUAAGGUGGAGAGUUUAAAUACAGAUGCUGUUCUUCCCAGUCGUGUCUAUUGGAUUUCUUCUGUUGUCAAGAUAGCAGGUUACAAGGCUUUAUUGCAAUAUGAAGGUUUUGAAGAUGACUCGAGCCAUAACUACUGGUGCAACUUGGGAACAGUGGAAAUUCAUCCCAUUGGAUGGUGUGCAGUUAACAGCAAAAUUCUGGUUCCACCCCAAUCCAUCCUUUCAAAGUUUACCAAUUGGAGAGAAUACCUUAUGAAGAAAUUGGUGGGGUCACAUACCAUACCUGUGGAUUUCCAUAUCAAGAUGACUGAAAGUUUCAGAUGCCCAUUCAGACAGGGCAUGCGGGUGGAGGCUGUGGACAAGAUGAAGAUGUCCAGAGUGAGGUCAGCUGUGGUGGAUACAGUAAUUGGAGGUCGAAUGAGACUUUUGUAUGAGGAUGGUGAAAAAAAUGACGAUUUCUGGUGCCACAUGACCAGCCCUUUGAUCCAUCCUGUAGGCUGGGCUCAGAAGGUUGGCCACAAUAUCAAACCUCCAGACCUGAAGAGAUUUGAAAUGUCCAGUCAUCCCACUUUCCGCAAAGUGUACUGUGAUGCUGUGCCUCACCUCUUCAAACAAAUGAGAGUUGCAUAUCCUGAAGGCACCUGGUUUGAAGAGGGAAUGAAGCUAGAAGCAAUUGACCCACUAAAUCUUGGCAAUAUCUGUGUUGCUACUGUCUGCAAGAUUCUGUUGGAUGGAUAUCUCAUGGUGGGCUUGGACAGUACACCCUCUGCUGAUGGCUCAGAGUGGUUUUGUUACCAUGCUUCAUCACCUUCUAUGUUUCCUGUGGGGUUCUGUAAUAAGUAUGAUAUCGAGUUGACACCUCCUGCAGGUUAUUCCAAAGAAGCAUUUUCCUGGGAUGAAUACUUGGAGAAAACUGGUUCUAGAGCAGCCCCUGCUCGAUUAUUUAACAAUGACUGUCCUAACCAUGGUUUUGAGCCAGGUAUGAAACUGGAGGCAGUGGAUCUAAUGGAGCCACGUCUUAUCUGUGUAGCAACUAUAACCCAUGUGGCCCGACGUCUUCUCCGAAUUAACUUUGAUGGGUGGGAUGUCGAGUAUGACCAGUGGGUAGACUGCGAAUCCCCUGAUAUUUAUCCUGUAGGCUGGUGUGAACUGAUUGGAUACCAGCUUCAACCACCUGUGGAAGAUGAGCCAAAAGAGGAGCCAAAGCCUAAGGAAGUCAAGAGAAAGAAGAAGACUGCAUUUGGAAAGAGAAGGAAGAAGAAUCCUCAGGGGAAGAAAUCCGCAAAGAAAACAAAAUCCGCUACCAACACAAAGAACAUAUCCAACCAACAGCAUGAAGAGCCCAAGCGGAAGUAUUGUAAGAAAGCCAAAGCUGUAAAGGAGACCCCACUGACAGACAACAGAGAAAAUCCUGAUCUCUCAAGACCAGAAGACAAAAAUGAUCUAGCAAAUAAACUUGGCGUGGAGGUGCUACCGUCCACAAGUACUGGCAAGAGUUUGGAUCUUCUGCCAGCAGACCCAGAGAUGGAAGAAAACUGCAGCAGAGAGAAUAUCUGUAGCCCAAAAUCUGAAGAAGAAGAGAUCUUUACUGUGCAGAUAAAGGAGGAAGAGAUGGAAGUUUGUGAACUUGAGCAAGUGAAGAGCCAGGACAUGAAAAAGGAAAUUAAAGAAGAAGAGGAAGUCAACAUAUGAAACAGCAAUAAUAUCGUUGAUCACGUUCAUCAUCAAACUAUAAGCAGAUCCAAGGCUAACUUGAUCUUUUUGGAAAGUGAAUGAAAGAUGGAAAGUUGCUCCACUGGCAACAGACAGGAUCAAGUGUAGCAUCAAGUAGGCAAGUGUUCAUUCCCUUAAGGAAUGGUUGUUGGCAUAUUUGUAUGUAUUUUGGCCCAGGUGACAUCUAACCAAAUGUUUUUGAAAGGUUGGGGAGUGCAGAUGAUCACAGUAUCUGCCAGGGACUGCAGUGUCAUGCCACGGAUUCAACUGUGGGAUUUUUGUACACAUUUUCUAUUGGUCUCUAAAAGCAUCCAAGGCACAAAUAUGCUUUUUGACAAAUGAGGCAUUGCGGUGUUAUUGCUGGGCAUAAACAAUGUGCUGAUCUAGGCAAAUAUCUUGCCCCUCUCUGUAGAUAUUGUUUUAUUAGCUACUCAAUCAUUGUGGGUGUCAAGAUAAAAAGGUCAUUCUUUACAAGCCCUCUAAUUAUGUGCAAUUCAGUUGGCAAAAUAUAGUGUACAGCAUAUGAGCAGUACCCUGCAAUUAAGGAACAGUUCAGUAUAAAUAAAUACAUAGGCUGUGCAAAAUAAAAUAAAAAUGUUAGCCAAAAAUUUAAUCUAUAAAGAACAAGUGUCUAACAUAAUAGUCAGAACCCAGUUCCUCCUUUGCAGCUCUCCAACCCAUUAGUCAGUGACUUGAAAGGGGAGCCACAUGGGACAUAUACUCAAGAACAAAAGCAAACUAACUGAGCAAUUACAGAUGAAGCCGCCAUGAUUUCACAUUUUUUAGCAGUGUCCAGACACCAUAUUUUAGUGCCAGGUCCUGCCUCUAGAUGGUGCUAGAGUUCAUUUUUCAGUACUUUUCUUAUGCUGGAUUAAGGCCACGGUACUCUAGCACCACAAAAUGUCAAAUCCUAAUGGCUCAAUCUGUAUAUCCCAUGUGGCUCCUGUCACUGACUAACAGGUUAGUCUAUGCGCUAAUGGAGAUGUAAGCUCUGCUGUUCUAAACUAACGUGUAGUCCCGCGUCAAAUUUCUAAAUUAAAUUUAAAUCUGUUUGCUCUUUUAAAACCCAGAUUUCAAUUCAGGAUUCGCUGGAGGAGCACUAUUAACUGAUGCAUUUUGUUAAAAAAAAAAAUUGACAGAAUCCCUUUAAGGCAUUUUUUACAGUCCUGAAAUUACAACCAGAGCUUUGUCUGGUCUUUUGUAAGUAUGGGUGUUUUGAUAGCAAAAAAAAUUAAUUGUAUAUGUAUUUAAAUAUUUUUUCAAGGACCCGCACUCCAGUGUUAGUGAAAUAUUAGUCUUUAUUCAUACUUGUGCAUCCAACGUUUCGGCCCGUGUUCAGGUCUUUAUCAAGGAUAAGAUACAAGUGUUUCAGUGUUUACCCUUCUUAUUUCAAAUAUUGGCGCCAAACAUGAGGUCAUACAUGCUAAACCAAACCUCAUUGUCUUAAUUGACAGUGCAAACUUUCUUUAAACAUAUAAUGAUGUUCCUUUUUAUUGCAACACAAGAAUUAAAGAAUGUUUGCACUGUCAAUUAAGACAAUGAGGUUUGGUUUAGCAUGUAGGACCUCAUGUUUGGUGCCAAUAUUUGAAAUAAGAAGGGCUAUGUGUAAACACUGAAACACUUAUACUUGAAUACAUACACAAUGAAUAUAUGUACAUACAAUUUUUUUUUGUUCAUUUGUUGAGCAGUGUGUGUUAAUGAAAUACCUGCAGAGAAUGAAGAGAGGUCUGAUAUGCAUUAACGCUUUCUUCUUUCCAGUGUAUAGGAAUCCCUGCGCCCUUGAUUUUUAAGCCAUUAAGAUAAACUAACUUGGACCUCUGUUUCACAGAAUGCUGGCACAUAUCAUGUGAAAGACAAAUAUACUGCGUUUCUAUUUUCCUUAAUCCCUAUAAAUAAGUUGUAUCUCUCAUUAUGUCAGACAAUUCCUCUGUUUGAUUCCAUAAGCACUCUUCCAUUCGACUGUUUAUUUGUACUGGACAGCUGGAGCAAUAGCCAUGUUCUAGGUCCAGACUGAGAAUUAAAAUUGUUCCUGGCAUUUCAGGUACACAGAGGCCCAAUCAGCCCACAUAGAGGCCCAAACAGCCCCCACCAGCCCACUAAAUACUGACUUUCUAUGGGACCUUAUAGCAGCCCCUCUGGCAUUUGCCAGAACCCACAGAUUGCCAGUCCAAGCCUGCCGUGUACUGCAGAAAUAUGCAAAGAGGUUGCCUCAAUGUUCUGCAUUACGUUACCAUCUAGCUGGUCCCCACCUGGUGACUGUAUCAUGUACAGGGAUCAGUGGUUGGAUAAUAUGCAGGCCACACUGGCAAUCUGUGGAUUCUGGUAAAUGCCAGAGGGGCUGCUAUAAGAUGUCAUAGACUGACACUAUUUAUUGGGCUUGUCUGGGCCUCUGCGUAUUUGAAAUGCCAGGGCCUAUUUUGAAUCCCAGUCCAGACCUGAAUGACCAGGAAUUUCCUGCACCAGCUGCUCACCACUGCAUAAUAUGUGACAAAGCAAGAGUUGCUAACAUACUAAUGUGCCGGGACAUGGAGAGGUAUAACUUACAUGUAAACAUCUUUUUAUACAGAUUAUUAGUCAAGGUCGUUAUUUGCCCUUCAGACUUAUUUGAUGUGCAUUAUAGUCAUUGUAAUAUUUGGCAUCAAAAAACAUCAUGUUUAUUUUUGUAAAUAAACUUUCUGUUAAAAAGGAAAAAAAA